UUUCCAGUUUGUUCAGCUGCUUCCAUUAACUUUACACCAGUGUGUUUACUGUAGAUUAUUUUCAUCUCAGCUGUAGCCUUCUUAUUAUGAUGAUUAACUCUACCAUUGACGCUGGAUUAGAUUUUUGAGCGACAAUGUGAUAGUCACUACAUGAUUGAUCAUAGUACGUGGUCCUCUGUGAAAGAAUUCUGAAAGUGAAACCUGUGUUUUGGAGGUGUGUCCUUAUCAUGUUAUCUUGAACAUCCUUGUUGAAUGACAGGUCUCAGGUGAUGAAUCUGAAGAUUCUCCUAGUGCGAAAAGAAUGGUUAGUGUAACUCACAGUCUAUGACUUUCUGCAGAACUCCCCUCCGACAGAGACAAAACCCCAUUUAGUCAAAGAGGCAAGGGAAGCUCUGUUGAGGCAUCUCACAUCUAUUCUUGGAAAUGAUGAGGUAGCUGCUCAUUUCAUGUUGUUGCAUCUUCUGUCUAGGGUACAUGCCAGAGCAGAUAAUGUUGCUGUUGGGAAGCUUUCUUUGAACCUUACUUGUUUUAGCAAAGAGAUCGCAUCUGUAUUCAGCACUAAACUAAGUGUUCUCAUCAAGAAUCUUCUUCCCUUCACAAAAUGCAUACUCCUGACUGUGGAAUAUCUCAACACGACUUCUCUUGCUCCCAAAAAGGAUUAUCAAAUAAAUAGACUGAUACCUGGAGUUCUACAGCUAGCUGAGGGCUCACACUUAAUGUUUGAUGAGACAUGUUUGGAAACAGGAACCCUCAAUUCUGCUGGGGUGGAGAACGCAAGGCUGCUGAAAGCCCUGACAGAGUUGCAAAAGGUUGAGUAUGAUUUUAAGUAUUACAAGAUGGAGAUGAUGGCUCAUGUCCAAAUGCUAAUAUCGUCAGAGGGGAAAUCAAACAUCUUGCCAGCAGAAAUCCUGGAAGCUUGGAGAUGGUACUUGGCUACUGUUAGAUCAAUGCCUCAGUUGAUCGAGUCAGAUGUGUAUAAAAAUUAA